AUGGAUGAUGAUUUUGUGUCAAGGAACUAUGAUAGUGGUGAUGAAGACGAUUCUAAAAAUAAAAAGGCUGCUGAUGAAGUGGAAGACAUGGAUGCAGAAGAAGCAUUUGAUGAAAUGAUGAGGCAAGAAGCAGCAAAGAAGCAGACUGCAAUGGAGUCUCCUCCAUCACAUUUAUCAGAUGGAGCAGUAAGCCCCGUUAGGCAAAAUGAUAGGCCACUGUCAACACCAUCUUCAAAGUCCAUGACUUGUGAACAGCUUGCUAGAAUGGAAAGGAACAAGCAACUCGCAAAGGAGAGAAGAAUGAGCAAAUUGAAGAACAAGGACUCGGCACCACAAUCAGAUCAACAGCAGCAACAUGUAGAAGAAAAUCAAUCAAACCCCUCCACUAACAUGUCAGAAAGUGUCCAAAAGCCUGCAAGUGAAGACAAUGCUGAUACAAGUAUUGAUCCAACCAAAUCACAGACAUUUGAAGACUUGGCAGAUGAUGAUGAUGACUUUCCAACAGAAAAUGAAAUUUUAUUAAGUUGUGGUGAUGUUUUGAAAAAUCAACAAGUGGAAGAAAAGAAUUCUGUGACAGAGGUCAACGACAAAGAGGCAUCACUGGAAAAGCCACAGACUGGGACAGACCAACAGACAGAAGAGGAGAUACUCGCGAGUCUUGAAGAAGAUGAAAAUGCAAUAAAUGAUAUACAAUCUAGUAUUCCAAAAUCUUCAACAGACAAUGAAAAUGAAGAGACAGAACAUAAAAAUAGAGCCACUUUAAAGGACACCACAAAUGUAGACCUUGAAACAGGUGUCGUUGUUUAAUAUUCAGAGGACUUUAAUAUACAUGCAUUGCUCAGUUCCAUACAAUUCUAAGAAAUUCAUCGUUUGUUACACAGUAAAUGAGAGUAUGUUUUACUUAUACUAUUUUGUUAUGUAAAUCAGACUUGUUAAAAUCUGAAUCUUUUACAAUCACAUUUGUAUCAUACCAUUAAUAUAAGUGGUACACACAAAAAAUUAAAGUACAAAUAUCACAUAUAUUUAAUACAUUGACAGUCUAAGCCCAAUGAUACCUUUCUUUUCAAAUUGCUUAAAUUAGU